AUGGAGAGCGAUGCCAGUUUUGAUGGAGCUGAAGAUGGAACGUUCCCUGCACCGUCGUUCGGGAGUACUGAGAAGCUUCUCGUUGGGGAUGAAGCUACCAAUGAGAGCCAGUCAGAGCAUCCUCCUCCGAGCCAUGUGCUCUGCUUGUGGCAAGUAUUUUUGGACCGAGUCAACCCUGUGACCAAGCUUGUCCACGUACCUUCAGUCCAGCCUUACUUGGCUCAAGCGACAGCGCCGUGGCCCUGGCUGCCAGGGAACAUCGAGGCUUUACUCUUUGCGAUAUACGCCGUCGCCGUCGUUGCAUUGGACGACAACGAAUGCAUUUGCAUGCUGGGAUCUCCUAAGAACACCUUAUUUCAGCGCUAUACCUCGGCGUUGAGGGGCGCCUUGCACCGGGCCCGAUUCCUCAAGACUACCGAUAUUGUGAUCCUUCAAGCAUUGACACUUCACUUGUUAUCGCUUCAAGGACGGCACGACACGCAUGCGACCUGGGUUUUAAGCGGUGUGUGCAUCCGCAUCGCCCAGAAAAUGGGACUUCACAAGGACGGACAGGCGCUGGGUCUGCCUCCUUUUGACACAGAGAUGAGAAGACGUGUAUGGUGGAACAUUGUACUUCUCGACUUUCGAUCCGCUAUAGCAUCUGGCUUCACGCCUUCGUCACUGCCCCCAGCGUGCGACUGCAAGAUGCCGACCAAUAUGAAUGACGGCGACUUCUACCCAAAUGCAACUGAGAAGUUUCAGGACCGAGAUGGCCCAACCGAGAUGAUUGUCUUUCUAUUGCUUUGCGGGAUGAUGCAAUAUCUAUUAACGCAGCCCGGUCUGGAGGAUAUCAUAACCUCCAUGGAGGAAAAUGCUGUUUCCAGCGGCACAGAGAGUCAAAGCCGGAGUGCCAAGCUCGACAAGUUGGCAGCAGGCGUAGAGGACCAUCUUGACAGACUUAUGCAGCAAUACUCUGAUCCGACUGCAGGACCUCUGCAUCAAGACGCAUGGCAGAUCAAAUCCGCCAUGACCAGCAAGAUCCGCAAGAUGUGCCAGCAGUCCCGGAAGCAGCUUGAAACAGGCUCACAACCCACCAUGGGGAAGGAUCAUUUAUUUCACCUUUCCGUUGACGCAAUUGAGCAUACCACUGGUCUGUAUCAGGCUAUGGCAACCAAGGACUUGCUGUGGUUUGUUUCUACACUCUUUGAGAGCGAGCUCUUUACCUACCUAGUUGGAGAGCUUCACGACCGCACCUCGGGUGUAUUAGUGGAGCGAGCCUGGGAACUCAUACCGGUCAUAUACCAUUACCACCAAGACCUGUUUGAUUUGUCAAUUGAGUCGAAUGUCAUCCUGGCUUCGUUUGUUUUGAAGGCCUGGAGCAGGAGGAAGGAAACACUUAAAGCCAAAUUCGGGCACGGGCUGGAAACACCGGCCUAUGUGCAAAGUCUGGAGAAAUCGAUGCCCUUGGACAGCGUCGGUACUGGCCCCUUAUCUGGCACGUUGUUCCCACCGUCUGCCAUGGCCCCGGGCUUUUCGGGUCCCCAAGACAUGCCGUGGGACCCCCGGUUUAUGGGCUUCAUGAAGGACAGCAAUUUUGGUGACUCUAGAUGGAUGGACUUGGAAUCCGACAUGCGUCGCCAUGUCCUCAGCUCCGGGGAAGAAACCGGCAAUACCCUCCCGGGAGACUGCUCAGCGAAUCCCCAAGCACCCUGGUGA